AACCCACAAAGACCAAACCUGACUCAACUACACGGUCCCUGAGCUUCCACCCACUUCUUCUAACUCACUUUUAAGGGUUUGUUAUCCACCUUCAACCUUUUUUUUUACUUAAUCUUGGCUGCCCAUUUGAUAAAGUUCGCAUUUUUAUGUAAUAUUGGAUGGCAAUUAUUCCUUGUGGAAGCACAUGGGUUGCCCGUUGUGGAGUUCAACCUCAAAUAGUAAUAAGAGGUUCAGCCACAAACAAGUUAUCAACACAUUCUCUUCGCUUCUCCAGGAUACGAGCAUUGGCACCAACUAGUUCAGCCAUGUUUUCUCAAGAUUCCUUAAGUACACUAUUUAACAGUGGAUCGCAAAAGAGUCCAUGUCAUCGUAAGGGAACUCGUCUCAUUGUUAGAGCAAGUGCUGAUUUCUAUGAUGUUCUCGGUGUGUCGAAGAAUUCUAGCAAAUCAGAAAUCAAGAGUGCAUAUCGGAAGCUUGCCAGGAGUUACCACCCUGACGUGAACAAGGAGGCUGGUGCAGAAGCAAAAUUUAAGGAAAUAAGCAAUGCCUAUGAGGUUCUAUCAGAUGAUGAAAAGCGCUCCAUAUAUGAUAGGUAUGGGGAGGCUGGACUUAAAGGUUCUGGAAUGGGAACUGGGGAUUUCAGCAACCCCUUCGAUCUUUUUGAGUCAUUAUUUGAAGGCAUGGGUGGCAUGGGUGGUGGGGGAGGAAGAGGCUCUCGAAGUAGGGCAACUGAAGGUGAAGACCAGAUUUACAAUCUUGUUUUAAAUUUCAAGGAAGCUGUUUUCGGGAUUGAAAAAGAGAUUGAAAUAACUCGACUUGAGAGCUGUGGCACAUGUAAUGGUUCCGGUGCCAAGCCAGGGAGUAGUCCAACCAGAUGUAGCACUUGUGGCGGGCAAGGGCAAGUUGUCCAAUCGGCUAGAACUCCACUCGGUGUCUUCCAGCAGGUGAUGACCUGCUCCUCUUGUGGUGGAACUGGGGAAAUUUCUAGCCCUUGCAAUACCUGUAGCGGAGAGGGCCGGGUGAGGAAGUCAAAGAGGAUUAGCCUGAAAGUCCCUGCUGGUGUAGAUGGUGGCAGUCGUCUGAGAGUCCGGUCCGAAGGUAAUGCAGGAAAGAGAGGGGGACCUCCCGGCGAUCUAUUUGUGCUCAUUGAUGUAAUGCCAGAUCCAGUACUAAAACGUGAUGACACGAAUAUUCUUUACACUAGCAAGAUUUCCUACAUUGAUGCUAUAUUAGGAACAACGAUGAAGGUUCCCACAGUUGAUGGGAUGGUAGAUCUGAAGGUUCCUGCGGGUACCCAACCAGGCACAACUUUAGUGAUGGCAAAAAAAGGUGUACCUUUUCUAAACAAAAGCAACAGGAGGGGCGAUCAAUUGGUGAGAGUGCAAGUGGAGAUACCCAAGCGCUUAAGCGGGGAAGAGAGGAAACUAAUUGAAGAACUUUCUAACCUGAAUGAUGCCAAAGCUCUCAACAGCAGUAGCGCCAGUAGGAGGUAAUGAUGACGACGAUUUAUCUUUUUGGUCCUUAUAUUUGGUCCCUAGCAACAUGACUUGUUUGCGGGAAUACGUUGGAUUAAUAUUAUUACCUAGUCACACCACCCCUUGAAUUGUGAUGCAUGUGCGCGGGGGGAGUUUUUGGGAUAGAUUGUAAGAUAAUACUUGACGUUCAUCAUCAUAUUGAUGAGAAAGAAUUAGAGAAGCAGACUUUUCACUAUCUGUAACUGAAAUUUUGUGUUUUCUCCAUACACCAUUGAUUCUUUCAUAUUUGUAGUAAUUCAAGUUAUCAGCU